CCAAGUGCAGACUUGUACUUUAACAUUAAACUGAAUGUAAUGCUUAUCUCUACUGCCCGAUAUAAGUUAUCAAAUUCUGCCCUACCUUAACUUUGAUAACAUAGCACCACAAACUGCUUCCGUGGUAAAGUAAUUUUUUAAAAUUACAUUCCACAAAUCUAUACUGCCUGCAUUCCCAUAAGCGGCAUAAUACGGUUCAAACAGUAUUACUAAAAUUUAAAAUACCAAAAUAUGCAUAUAUUAGCUUAAAUGGUGAUCAACCUAUUUACUUUCAUCAGAAUGAUAACAAUAUUAAGCAAGUUUGAUAGCGGAAUAAAAACAAAGUCAGACGUGUAGAGCGCUAACAGUUUAUAACUAAAUUAAAUUAAUCAGCAUGAAAAAUAUUAUUUUUCACUUUUUCACUGUAGCAUGUUUACUAGGACAUGGUAAAAGUCUCGAAUUGCAAGAUGAGGUGGAAAUGUCGAUAAAUGGUAGUACUUCGAAUGAAAAUUUAGCAAAUCGAAUUCAAGAAUUUUAUUAUGCUAAAAACGCAACGGAAAGAAAUCAGUGGUCCUGUAAUAUCUGUCGUUUAGUAGCAAACAAAGGAAUCUCACUACAACAGUUGGGAGGUGACAAAAAGCAGAUUUGUAAAUUUGCCAGUGAUAUGUGCGAUUUAUUCUUGCCAAACGAUGCACUGCAAUGUAAUCGUUACGUUGAUAAUUUAAUUGACUCUUGGAUGUACAUUGUUGAAAACAAACCAGAGAUUAAAGCCGAAUCUGUAUGCAGAAUAAGAAUGCAGGAUAAAAAUUGUUUUCCUGACUCUGAAGUAAAUUGGGAAAUUAAUAUACCGAAAGGAGAGUCAAGAGCAUUAUCCACGGCAGCAAACAAUAAGGUCCAAUAUAAAGUCUUGCAUUUAACUGACAUUCACUAUGAUCCAUUAUACAAAGUUGGUGCUAAUGCUGUAUGUAAAGACGUAUUGUGUUGCGAAAGUAUUAGUGGAACGCCAAAUGCUCCUAACGAAGCCGCUGGUUAUUGGGGCGAUUACCAUGUAUGCGACAUGCCAUGGUAUUCGAUAGAUGACUUAAUGGAGCAACUAUCACAGCAUAAUUUUAGCUGGGUCUACCUUACUGGUGAUCUUAUCGGCCAUCAAAUUGCGGCUACGAGUCCUCGCAUCAACUCGGACAUCAUUAAAAAAAUUAGCCAAAAAUUAAGAGAUACUCUAAAAAAUGUGCCCGUAUAUCCAAUUCUGGGCAACCACGAGCCUAACCCCGUUGACGCCUUUUCACCGGAAAUUGUUACCAAAAGUACUGUAUCCACACAAUGGUUACUGAACGUGGUCGCCGAAGAAUGGGCUUAUUGGUUGGGUCCUGACGCAAAAACAACAAUACGUAAAGGAGGUUACUAUAGUACUGUUAUAAGGCCAGGGUUACGAGUAAUUGCCUUAAACAGCAAUGUAUGCUUCACAAACAAUAUAUGGCUUUUUUAUGAGGAGGGAGAUGUCUUCGGUCAACUGCAAUGGUUGGCAAAUACACUGUUGGAAGCUGAACGGCGUAACGAGGCCGUACACAUCCUAGCACACGUUCCGGCAGGUGAACCAACAUGUUUAAAAAAAUGGAACCACGGGUACAGACAAAUUAUUAACAGAUUUCAUAACACUAUCACUGCACAAUUUAAUGGACACACCCAUGCGGACGGUUUAAAAAUAUUUUACGAUUCGAAAAAACAAAAUGAAGUAAUUAAUGUUGCUUUCAAUGGCGGAAGCUUCACAACAUUCGUAGGGAAUAAUCCCAAUUACAAAAUAUAUGAUAUUGAGGGAAGACAUGGUCAUGUGUCCAAUUACAAAGUAUGGAUGUAUGAUCUAUCAGAAGCAAAUAAGAGUGGAAAAAAACCGAAGUGGUUUCAAUUGUAUUCUUUUCGAGAGACUUUUCAAAUUGAUAAAUUAAAUCAAGAGGGCUUUCAUGAAUUAGUAAAAAAAUUGGGUAGUAAUAAACAGAUGUUGGAGACAUACAGAAGAUUUCGAUCACGCAAUGGCACCGCUUCGUUGACCAGAUGUGAUGUGAAUUGUUUACGAUCCCUGUAUUGUGAAAUUACACAGACAGAACAUGAAGAAAGCGCUCAGUGUGGUCAAUGGUUUAAAAUACAAUAGCUUUUGUUUUAGACUUUAGAGCCAGGUCCCCAAAAAUUCCAAAAUUUUGAUUUCUCUUAGUUUAAUUUUGUCUCAGCAACCUUAAGUUAUAGAGACACAGACAUGGAACAAAUAGCUUCACCCAGGGUGUUGGGUAUGCCGUGUCUAAUUUUGUAAAAUUACACUCCUGAAUGGAGGUAGGUACUAAAAAUAGUGACAAAAUAUGCUAUCUGCAGGUUUUUGAGUCUCAAAAACUAACUAGAAAACAAAUUUUGAUUUAAAGUAAGCUAAAAAUAUAUACAGGGUGGUGACUUGCGUAACGCAUCAUAGGGAUUUCAAUGUAAAAUUCAUAACAUGCGAUUAUUGGC